AUGUGGAAUGGUGCAGCACAUAAAUUCGAUGAUGUAUCUAUCUAUUCAUUCUCCAUCUUUCUAUCGCUUCUCAGUAUGAUAAUCUCUCCCCUCCUCUCUCUGUCAGGAUUAUCCAUCUCUAUCACUAUCAACUCCUUCUUUUCGAUUUCUGUCUGUUUAAUAUGUAUCUUUCUUUCUUUCUUUCUUUCUUUCUUUCUUUCUUUCUUUCUUUGUCUUUUAAGAAUGUUCAUCGCUUCCAGUUCCAGGAAUUUACUUUCCCCUUUCUCUCUUUUCUAUCUCACUAUUCAAAAACCAGGGUUUAUAACCUCACUUUCUCUCUUUCAUUUCAUUGUUUUCUUUAUCUCUUCAUUCCCUUACUUUUCUCUCUCUCUCUCUCUUUUCAAAUUUAAAAAUAAUUAUCUCUUUUCUCCUCACUUUCUCUCUCUCUCUCUAUCACUGUUCAUUUCUCUCCCAUCCUUGAACAAAAGAUCUCUCUAA